GCUAACCGCAAGCAAAUCCUAUUGGCCUUUGUAGCAAGCCGCGGUUAAGGCUUUUCUUUCCUCAAGCCGGACGUGUUGUGAGGGGGACUUGAUUGGACGUUACUCUCGUACCCGGAAGCUUGCAAAGGGGAAAAAAAAAAGAUGGCUUCUGUGCUUAGUCUGGUUUCUUCUCCCAAGAUUUCGGGGAGAUUUUAUUAUCUCUUCGCCGCUGUAAGAAACGGAAACUGUGCGCCUGGCCCGGGUAGAUCAUGGAGACGAGAGAGUAGUUCAAAUAAUGAACAGGAAUCCAAUCAAGCAGAUAUGCCUGUUUCAAUGGAAAACCCCUAUAAGGAGCCUCCUAAAAAGUGUGUCUUAUGUGGUGUAACUGUUGACUACAAGAAUAUACAGCUUUUAUCACAGUUUAUUUCGCCAUACACUGGUCACAUAUUUGGUCAUCAUAUAACAGGCUUAUGUAAAAAGAAACAAAAUGAAAUGGCAAAAGCCAUUAAAAGAGCUCAUUGCAUGGGAUUUAUGUCGGUUAUGCAUAAGGACCCAGUGUUUCGCAAUGACCCCAAAAUAUGUAAUAUUAAAUAUCCAGAAUAAAUUGUAUCAAUUAUGCCUAGCCCAUUUUUGUAAUUAGACUAUAUUUUUAGAAUGUUAAUAAAUGAGCUAUCAAUGUGUCC